GAACUGCACGAUCUCCUCGUCCGUUUGUCUCCUCCCUCUCGCUCCCCUCUGCCGCUCCCUUUCUCGGCCUUUCAUUUUCAAAGUGGAUUAUCCUCAUCACCAACUGCCCACAUUCUCUCUCUCUCUCUCUCUCUCUCUCUCUCUCUCUCUCUCUCUCUCUCUCUCUCUCUCUCUCAGCUCCGGCGUCGUUGCCUCGUUCUCUUAUCAUUGCUACCGCGGCGAUGGCCGCUCUCUCGGGCUCCAAAGUGCGGGCAAUGGYAGUUCACACCGCUUCUGUCGCCGGCUACGAAAGCCGAGCUCAGCUGAAGGCCUCCUCGGCAAGGAACGUUCGACUGCCACGUCUGCAUGGACAACAAUCACGUGGAUUUACUUCACGUCUGCAUGGACAACAAUCACGUGGAUUUACUUCACGUCUGCAUGGACAACAAUCACGUGGAUUUACCUCACGUCUGCAUGGCCAACAACCACGUGGAUUUACCUCUCCGAUCUCGUCUUCGACCUUCCUUGGCGACUGCCGAUCUCUAGAGAUGUCAGGUGCGCCGGUGGGAGUCCCGUCUUUGCCGAAGAGGCAUCGUGUGCCGAGUGUGGCUAUGGCGGUUCAAGCUCCUCCUGUUYCGUCCGAGCUGCCGGGCUUCUACCAGGUCGGCGAGCCGAUUCCCGACGAUGUUUCAAUGUCAGCGGUGCUGAGGACGUUUCCCAAGGAGGUGUUCGAGGUCGAUGACCUGAAGGCUUGGAAGAACGUGGCCGUGACCCUGGGGGCAGUGGCACUUGGAUACGCCCUCCUGGCCGUCUCUCCUUGGUACAUGUACCCUUUCGUGUAUGCGUACCUCGGUACCGCUGUGACGGGUCUGUUUGUCAUCGGUCAUGACUGCGGGCAUAACUCCUUCUCCAAUAAUCAGCUCGUGAACGACGUUGUUGGGACUAUUUUAAUGGCGCCUCUGGUCUACCCUUUCGAGCCGUGGAGAAUCAAACACAACGCUCAUCACGCCCACACGAACAAGCUGAUCGAGGACACCGCUUGGCAGCCGUUCCGUCCUUUCCAGUACGACAGAGGGACCCCUCUUCAGCGAUUGAUGAUGAGGAUUGCGCUGGGCCCAACCUGGUGGGUGGCGUCCCUGGGACAUUGGUACCAGUGGCACUUCAACCUGGACCUAUAUAGACCUCAGGAGAUGAAGAAGGUCGUCGUCAGCCUUGCUGCAGUAGCCGCCUUCGUGGCAUUUGCUCUGGUGCCCUUGCUGGUCACYCAAGGGGUGGGAGGAUUCGUCAAGUGGUGGCUAAUCCCCUUCCUGGGGUACCAUUUCUGGAUGAGUACCUUCACUCUGGUUCAUCACACUGCACCUCAAAUACCUUUCAAGUCUGCACGAGACUGGGAUCAGGUCCAGGCGCAGAUUGGAGGCACCGUCCAUUGUGAGUACCCUGCAUGGAUCGAGUUCUUGUGCCAUCAUAUCAGCGUGCACAUCCCCCACCACCUCUCCACGAAGAUCCCGAGCUACAACCUCAGGAAGGCUCAUGCCAUUCUAGAGAAGAAGUGGAACAAAUACCUCAACAAGGCGCGCUUUGGGCUCCCCCUCAUGUCUACCAUUCUCAAUAACUGCAACCUGUUCGAUACGGCUAAGGGCCGCUAUGUCAAGUUCGACAAGUCGCGAAGGGUGUAAUUAAGGGUAGGGACUGGAGAGAGGUGACCCAGAGGCGUUAAGAGUUUYAACGGGUUUGGCAACCCGAGAGUUCGUUCAGUUCAAUCUCAGCCUUCUCAGCCCGUGAGAAAGGGAGAAAGGGAGAAAGGGAGAAAGGGAGAAAGGGAGACAGGGAGACAGGGAAGAAAGGGAGUGCUGACAGUUCUCUUGUGUCGAUGAGUGGCCCACUGUGGCACACUGUGUUUGCUCCUGUGUGGGAGCGGCGAGG